GCUCCAUAAAAUUGAGAACCCCAUCGCAGCAUGUGGAUUGUCGGGAAUUUAUAGUCUGCUGGCCCAUGUGGUGUAUCUGAUCAACAUGGACAAUGAUAAUUCUGAAAGUGGAUUAAUGUGCCUUUGGGGAAAUUUAAAGGAUCACCCGAAAUGUCUUCACGGUCCAACUUUAUUAUUUGGAAGAAGUAUCAAAGGUGAAGUGAAAAAAUUUUAUGCCUGUUCUCAUUUAAGAGAACCUGGAAAAUGUCCAACUAUUAAGAACAAGAAGAAUAAUGUUUUACCAUUCUAUGAUCAUAGAAAAUUGUACUUACGCUUUAGCAAUUUGCUGUCAAAUAGUCAGAACAAUCGAAACUAUUGUCAUAGUUGCAAUGAAUUAUUUACGAGUUCAGAGAUAGUGAAACAUAAGGAUCAUGACGUACAAAAAUGUUUGACAAAUCAUCAAAUGUCUCAUCCCACAGAAUUUCUGAAACCACUCAGUAAUAAUAAGGAAGAAGCUCAGUAUUUUUUUACUGAAAACACAACAAAGAAUAUAGCCGAGAUUCUUUGUAAAUUAGGAGCCAAAUAUAUAUUGUGCAUUGGUGUUCCAAGAUUAUAUGAAUAUAUCUCUCAUAAUUUUGGAGAUAAAAUGACAUGCUUUCUUCUGGAUAUAGAUGCAAGAUUUCAUCAGUUUUUCGGACCUCUAAAUUAUGCUUGGUACAAUUUGUUUAACAACCAUUUCUUCAAUCCUGAAGCAAAAACGUUAUUCAAAGAUUUUCUGACCCAAGAAAAUGGUAGAGACAUGUACAUUGUAUGUGAUCCUCCAUUUGGUGGACGGGUUGAACCAAUUUCACAAACAAUUAAGAGCAUCACUGAUAAUCACAAAAAGUGGAAUAACAUAAAAGUCGCAGAUGACGAAUUGAAAACUUUAUUCAUUUUUCCGUAUUUUAUGGAAUCUAUUAUUAAAAAGAAAUCUAAUCCUCCUGGGAUUGUGGGUGGAAUAAGUAAUUUAGAAAUGACUGAUUUUAAAGUAGAAUAUCAAAAUCAUGCGACAUUUCAAGAACAAUCAAAUUUAGCUAAGAAAACGUCACCUGUUCGUCUCUUCACAAACAUUGAAUUGAGUUUGAUAAAUCUGAAAAAUAUCAUUGGUUAUAAGUAUUGCAGUGUCUGUUCUCGAUGGGUUUUAGAGGAGAAUAACCAUUGUGAUAAAUGUGGCAAAUGCACUUCUAAAGAUGGUAGGCAGUUUACACAUUGUGACUUGUGUGAAAGAUGUGUGAAACAUACAUGGGAACAUUGUGAAACGUGUCGACGUUGUGCUUCGAAAAUUCACGAUUGUAGUCAAAGGCCCAAAAUUGUCGAAAAUUCUCUUCAGUGUCAUACGAAAGGUCUGAUAGAUAAAGACUGCAGUGAGAGUGAAGCAUUUAUUUCUCGAAAACGCAUCGUCAAUAGGCAUGGUGGUGUUGUUAAAAAGAAAAGGAAGAAGAAAAAAGAUUAACUACAAAAUAUUAAAAUGUUUUAUAAAUUUACAAUAAAUUAGAGUAUAAUUGAAAUAAUAAUUAUAUAUAUUUUUAUAAUUAUCCACUGUUGCUGUUUGUCAUUCAAUUGUGAAUAAAGUUUCAUUUUUAAAUGUA